AUGAGUAGAUCAUCGUCAACCAGCAAUUCGCUCAAAAGAAAAGGAAGUGUUCAAUCCAGACUUUGUGAGCAAGUUAUGGAACGGGAUGGAGGAUGUAUCAUAACUGGCUCAAAGAAUCAUCUUACGUGUGCCCACCUAUUGCCACGUGACUUAUUUAUUAAAACUGGGGUAUUGGACAUAGAUACGCCUGAAAAUGCCUUCAUGGUCGACAAUGGCCUUGAAAAGAAAUUUGAUGAUAAUUGUUGGACAUUUAAUGAAGAUGGGGUGAUUGAAAUUCUUUGUAAACAUUUUGUUGGUGUCGAUGAUUUGUUAAAAAAGGUUGAUCGAAUUGAUCUAAAUGCUUCCUUUCGUGAUUCUUAG